AUGCCAAGCCAUAACGGCUGGUCCCCAUUGAGUCUGCAACACCCCUUCCGCGCCUGUAGCGACGAAACCACAAUCCUCCACCACAUUUUCGAGCACGGUGGAAUCAUCCAGCCGUUCCUCGAGAUACCAGACCGGGACCUCGAGCGCCGCGAUGCCCAGGGCCGAACACUCCUACUUGCUGCAUCGCGUUGUGAAAUCGUCGGUACAGACUCCUUCGCAGUCACGUAUCCCCUCUAUGAGCCUGUUCCCAAGUAUAUCAGAAUCGUUGCUUACCCGGAGGGAGACAUCACACGAGCCAUGACGUUGUACAACCGUGGGGGGGGGGGGGAUAUCACGGCCGUUGACCAUGCAGGAAAUAACACUCUCCAUCAUCUGGUAGCCGUGUAUUGUGACAGUGUAGCUGGGCGGAAACAAUAUCGACAGACGGUAGAAGCCUUCGUCCGAAAAGCGCCCGAGCUACUCCACCAAGCGAAUAAAGAAGGAAAAACGCCAGUUGAUAUCGCCCGGCGUGCUGAGCAGAAAUGGGCUCUGGAAGCGAUUCACAAUGCAGGUGCGGAGAUUGAAGACGCUUAA